AUGGACUGCGGCGUCGUCACCUCCAAGAGCGUGCUGCUGCUGCUGAGCCUCGGCUUCUGGGUAGCGAGAGGGGCUGGGCGGGACGGGGGGCAGGCAGCGGGGCUUGUGUCGGCUGGGGUGAAGGGCGGGCGGGGGGCGGCGGUGGUGGGGCCGGUGCUGCGGGCCCUGGCUCUGCUCUGCCGGGGGUGUGCGGAGCGGCCCGAGCCUUCAGUUGCUGUUGUGCCGCUCUGUUCCCCGCCCCGAUGCACUUCAAAGCACAACAAGUUCCGAUUUUGUUCUAUUGCAUUUCAGGCGGCAUCAGCUGGUCUCGGCUAUGUGGGAGGGUAUGUCAUCAACACCUACAAGAGCUAUGACAACUUUCUGCAGGACAAGUAUGCUCUGUUGCCAGCUGUGAUCAUCCUUUGUGUGGCUCUGGUGAUGUUCAUCAUUGGGUUGAUUGGCUGCUGUGCCACCUUCCGGGAGUCUCGAGUUGGCCUGGGUCUGUUCUUGGCUAUUAUCCUGGUUAUUUUUGUUGCUGAAGUAUCUGCUUUCGUCCUGGGAUUUGUUUACAGAGAAAAGGUAAAAACUGAUGUUCAAGGCACGAUGAGCUCAGUCUUUGAGAGAUACGAUGGGAAGAAUCCUGAGUCUACUGUUGUGGAUUACUUGCAAGAACAGCUUCAUUGUUGUGGGGUGAAGAACUACAGCGACUGGACAACCACCCAGUGGUUCAAUUCCACCGGUAACAACAGCGUUCCCCUGAGCUGCUGCAGGCAGGAGCUGAGGAACUGCACAGGGCGUCUGGACCAGCCUCAGGAGCUCAAUACACAGGGCUGUGCAGAGGAGCUGGAGUCUGGCCUGCAGAGCGUUUUCAGCUAUGCUAUGCUUGUAAUCCUGGGGUUUGCUAUUGUGAAGGUUGACAACCUGUUCCUCAUUGACACAGAUUUGAACCAUUUAAUUACAGCAAAGCAAGAUAACAAAGCAAAGACCAUGUAUGAUGUUGAUACUCUGUAUGAGACAUACCCAGUCCCUCGCCUGCCGGCCCGGCCCCGCCCCCCCCGAGCGCCUGCCGGCCUCGCCCCGCCCCCCGAGCGCCUGCCGGCCCCGCCCCGCCCCCCUGAGCGCCUGCCGGCCCGGCCCCCCCCCGAGCGCCUGCCGGCCCGGCCCCGCCCCCCCCCUGAGCGCCUGCCGGCCCGCGCCCGGCCCCGCCCCCUGAGCGCUUCCCGCCCUCCCCGCCUCCCUGAGCGCCUUCCGGCCCGGGCCCGGCCCCGCCCCUGA